GUAGACGCGGCGCGGGUUUGCGGCUGCGGCGGCCCGGGUGCGGCGGCGCGCCUGGCGCGCCGCGGGCUCUUCUGCGCGGGCCUGCUCGCGGACGCGGGGCGGCUGCCCGCAGCGGUGGCCCGCCUGCGCGCCGCGGCCAGGGCGGACCCGGAGCUGGGCGAGGCGCACGUGGAGCUGUGCUCCCUGCUCACCGGCUCUGGCGACCCCGAGUCCGCCCGCGCCGCGGCCGCCGCGGCCAUCGUGGAGGGCGGGCUGUGGGAGGACGCGUGGCAGCGCCCCGCCGCGUGGCUGCGCGGCCUGCCCGCGAAGCCCUGGUGGGACGCCCGCGACUUCGCCUGGGCCGCGGAGCUCGACGCCGCGCGGCGGACAUCCGCGCGGAGGUGGGGCGCCUCCUGGGCGCCGGCGGCGCGGGCGGCGCGCUGGCGGGCUCGUGGGAGCCCGUGGGCGGCGAUCACCGCUGCUCCGGGCGGGGGGACCGCGACGCGCUGCUGCGGGGCGACUGGCGAGAGGUCGUGCUGUUCGGGCUCCCGGGCGGCUCUGGCGAGCGGGGCCGCGCGACCGCGCCGCUCACAGCAGGGAUCGAUCGUGGCGUCAGUCCUGCCCGAGGCCGUGCGCAUGGCCGAGGCGGGCGCGGGCGAGGUUGUGCUCAGCGCGCUGCGGCCAGGCACGCGGGUAGCGGCGCACUGCGCGCGCGCCAACCACAGGCUCACGGCGCACCUGGGUAUCUUCGUGCCGGCUCCCGCUGAACGAGGCGAUAGCACCCCGCAGUGCGGCAUCCGCGUGGGCGGCUGCUGGCGCGAGUGGCACGAGGGCCGCGUAAUCGUCUUCGACGACUCCUUCGAGCACGAGG